AACCACCAACCGCUUGAAUAAUCCCAGAGGUUGUCAUUAUUAUAUAAAAUCCUAAUUUGUGUGUAUUUAAUGUGGUAAACAGGGUUUGUACACAAAUAACACCUAAAAAACUACUGGGUAAAGCAUCACAUGCUCAUGUUUAUAGAUAAAGAAGGACGUCGCUCGAUUUGUUACGUGCGCUCUUUUGGGGGUAACUUGUCAAGGCACGGAAUCAGAGGGGUCCUACAUUAGACAAAUGAAUUGAACUGGAGAAUAGACACAAACCGAAAAGAAACCCGAUUUGAUAGGGGACAGAGGAGAAAGGGGGGAUUCAGCUAGCAACGAACCUUAAGACGAAGGAGGAUCAUAGAUAAAUAGACGGAGUUGAAUUUUUCCCCCGUCAUCUCUAACUCGUCCAAAGAGCUAUAGGUUCUUCCUGCUCCCUCUCACCACCUUUUCAGUGUCCAUCCUCGGUGCGCAACGGGUUGCUCCAAUCCCACACUGUCUCAAUGAAGGAGGCCGAUGCAAUCAAGCUCUUCAUCGGGCAGAUACCCCGAAAUCUUGAGGAGAAGGACUUGAAACCCAUCUUUGAACAGUUCGGGAAGAUCUAUGAGUUGACGGUGAUAAAGGACAAAUACACGGGGAUGCACAAAGGCUGUGCCUUCCUGACAUACUGCGAACGAGAGUCUGCACUCAAAGCCCAGAAUGCACUGCACGAGCAGAAGACGCUACCAGGGAUGAACCGGCCCAUUCAAGUGAAGCCAGCAGACAGCGAGGGCAGAGGGGAAGACAGGAAGCUGUUUGUUGGCAUGCUGGGGAAGCAGCAGUCGGAUGCCGACGUGAGGAAGAUGUUUGAGGAGCUUGGGAGCAUUGAAGAGUGCACAGUGCUCCGCGGGCCUGACGGCACUAGCAAAGGCUGUGCCUUUGUGAAGUACCAGAACAACGUAGAGGCUGCGGCAGCCAUCAGCACUCUGCAUGGGAGCCGCACUCUACCGGGUGCCUCCUCCAGCCUGGUGGUGAAGUUCGCCGACUCUGAGAAAGAGCGAGGGAUAAGGCGCAUGCAGCAGGUGGCGUCCCAGCUGGGGGUCAUCAGUCCCAUGACCUUACACCUCGGGGCUUACAAUGCCUACACACAGCUGGUGCAGCAGCAGGCUCUGGUGGCCCAGUCGGCGUAUUUGUCUCCUGUAUCCACCAUCACCAUGCAGCAGUUGGCUGCCCUCAACCCCAGCAGCCUCAUGGCCACGCCCAUCGCAUCACUCACUACCUCAGGGACCAGCACUCCGCCCACCAUGGCAGCCACACCAGUGCCUGCUCUGCCUCCACCACUCAGCUACCCUCCAGUGCCAGCUCCACCCAAUGGACAGUCAGCAUCUGAAACCCUGUACACCAAUGGAAUUCAUUCUUACCAAGCUCAGAGUCCAGUUUUGGAUCCUAUUCAGCAAGCAUACGCAGGGAUGCAGCACUACACAGGUGGGACAGUAGUGAGUCCGCUUGAGUCCUUAAAAUUUCCCAGAGGAAAUUUUAGGUUUGAAAUGCCCUCUCAACAGUCCUUAAUGUUUACUUAUGCGAACACACCCACAGCAACAUACCCUGCUGCCUAUGGAAUGGUGGGGCAGCCAUUCCCACACCAACACACAAUGCUUGCACAGCAACAUCAGCAGCCUCAGCAACUGCAGCAACGAGAAGGGCCUGAGGGGUGUAACAUCUUCAUCUAUCACCUGCCUCAGGAGUUCACUGACUCAGAGAUGCUGCAAAUGUUCAUCCCCUUCGGCAACGUCAUCUCAGCAAAGGUCUUUGUUGACCGUGCCACCAAUCAGAGCAAGUGCUUUGGUUUUGUGAGUUUUGACAACCCGUCCAGUGCUCAGACAGCAAUUCAGGCCAUGAAUGGUUUCCAGAUUGGCAUGAAGAGACUCAAGGUGCAGCUUAAGAGGCCCAAGGAUGCCAACCGACCCUACUAAAUGAGUCAAGACUGUCCUGUCCAUACAUAUAUCGUGGAGACUACGUGGCUAUGGUUGCCUAGCAACCGCUAAAAAAACCUUCCUCUCACAGCGUUGUAAGUUAAUUGGCCUGUGUUGGUUGCUGUGGCAAUAUUGCCUGUGAUGGUUGCCAUUAGCAAUUUUAUUUUUGACCGUUGCCUUUAUUCACCAUGCUCAACUGCAUGGCGAGUUGCUGUGGCGACCAUGAAUUGUGUUUGGUGCAUUGUGAGUUUCCUCUAUUAUUUUGUCCUGUUUUGCAAACACUGAUCAAUUAUACUAUCACUGUACUCAAGAUUUUGUAAGCAAUUGAUUAUCAUGACAUGCUAUUAUAUUUUUUUGUAAUAUAAGUAUUUUAUUGCGCAGAGCAAUAUUAAGCAUUAACCCUAAAAUCAAACAUGGAUAUAAAUAUUUCCUUUGAUGGAUUUUGUUUUUGAUUAGUUUCCUUUUUGUUGUUUGUCAUGAUUAUCAUUCUUACAUAUCCCCCAUGUUUAGUUGGUUGGUGUUUUAGUUUCUGGGAGCGCAGGGUUUUUGUGAGGUUGUAAUUGAAUCCAAGUGACUUUGUGCCUGAACUUUGUUUGUUUUUGGUAUGACUCGUUGUGAGAAUAAGUAUGUGUAGCCUACCUACAAAUUAGUAACAUAAUGAUGCUGUGUGCAUAUGUGUACCUGUGCAGAUCCACAUAAAGUACUUGUGUGUAUUAAUAAAUAAAGUAGUGUGUGUGGUUUUGUGUGUGUACCAAGUGAGACACUAACAUUUCAUGUGAGAGUUUGGGGUAAAAUUGUAUGUUGUCAUUGUGACACAUCACACGUGCUGCUGACUGAGGUACAGCAUUCCUCUGUAGGAAUUCUGGGUUACUACGAAUUUCCAAUCAAAAAAGAAGCCAUAGGCUACGGUCUCAUGUGCAACCUUUGAUAUAACUGCUUAUUUUAGAGGAUGAGUUUGAAAAUCGUCCUCUGUUAUCUUUUAAAAUUAUUUAAUAGGAAUGUAUAUUUUUUUACUUGUUUGGUCAAUGAGAUUUAACUAGAGUAUUAAGAGUAUUAAGAAGAGAACUAGAAAAAAUAUCUCCCAGAAUUCCUAUUGUGCAUGUUUGGAAUUUAUUUGCCUGCCAAAACAAGACAAAAAAAAGAUUUAAAUAAGAAAUGCACAUCAAUGCAGCAGUAUGGUUGUCACUGUAUGAGUUGCAUGUACCCUAGGCGUGCUUGUUUAGUGAAAAAUGAGGACAUCCAUGUGAUAUCUGUGUAACCAACGUGUUUGAAGAUGUUUCUCCCACACUGAAGAGUGUGAACAUAUUAAAUAUACAGUGGGGUCAGAAAUGAUUGACACCCUUUAUAAAGAUGAGGAAAAAUUACUGUAGAAAAUAUAUAAUUCAAAUACUGAUCAAUAUUCUAUGCUCCAAAAAAAAUCAAAAAAAUCAUUUUAUACUAAUACUGCUCAGGGAAAUAUAUUUUGUUUAACAAGUAAUACUUUUUUUCUUAAGAAAAUGUAGGGGUUCAAGUGAUUGACAGACCUGUUUUCAAAACCUUUCAAUACCUCACCUUGCGAGGAUAACGUCACUGAGCCUUUAAAAAAAAAAUUAUGAGUUGGAGGACACAUUGGGAGGGAUCUUAGACCAUUCGUCCAUACAGAAUCUUUCCAGAUCCUUGAUAUCAUUAAUAUGCGCUUAUGGGCUGCCCUCUUCUAUUCAAACCACAGGUUUUCAAUGGGUUUCAAGUCCUAAGAUUUUUGGCAAAUUUAACAAUUUCUUUGUAGAUUUAGAUGUGUGCUUGUGAUUGUCUUGCUGGAAGAUCCACUUGCAGACAAGUUUCAGCCUCCUGGCAGAGGCAGCCAGGUUUGCCUGGUUGGGUAAUGUUUAUGAUGCCGUUAAACUUAACAAGGCUCAAGGACCAGUUGAAACAAAAUAGCUUACGUGUAGGCCUUGUCAAAGAAGUCAACGGCAUCAUGAGCUUUACCCAGUACCAGGAUAUUUUAGCCAAAAACCUGGUUGUCUCUGCCAAGAGGCUGAAAUUUGGCCACAAGUGAAUCUUCCAGCAAGACAAUAACCCCAAGCACUGAAGUAAACAUCAAAACCCACAAAGAAAUUGUUAAUUGACCCCCCCCAAAAAAUUAAACCCAUUGAAAACCUGUGGUUUGAAUUGAAUAGAGUAGUCCAUAAGCGCAGACAAAGAAUAUCAAGGAUCUGGAAGGAUUCUGAUUGGCGGAAUGGUCUAAGAUCCCUCCCAAUGUGUUCUCCAACUCAUAAAACAUUUUAGAAAAAGGCUCAGCGACAUUAUCCUCGCAAAGUGAGGUAUUGAAAACGGGUGUCAAUCAUUUUGACCCCUACCUUUCUGAGGAAAAAAAUAAUUACUUGUUAAACUAAAUCUUUCUCUGAACAACUGUAUUAGUAUAUAAUAAUAUAAUUUCCCCAUUAUUUUGAGCAUACAAUACAGCUCAGUGUUAGAAUUAUUUGUCAAUAAUUUCGGACUCCACUGUAUAUGCUAAUCUAAACUAUUUUAAUAUUUGUAUUCAUCCUCUCUCUUUCUUUCUGUCUCUCUCUCCCAGGGAAGAUAUGAGUUCUAUCAAGAAACUACUUCCAGCAUUUUGGUUUCGCCCAAACCGUAUAGCAAAGGAGCAACAACACUUCUCGAAAAAUAAGAUCAAAUAUAUGUAUCAUCUAAAAAUCAGCAACAACAGAAUAAAACAUAUGUGGUGGGUGGUUCGGAGUACACAUACCAUUCCACAGCUGGAUUCAGUCAUUAUGUACAGUACCAGUCAAAUGUUUGGACACACCUACUCAUUCACGUUUUUUCUUUAUUCUUGCUAUUUUCUACAUUGUAGAAUAAUGUUGAAGUCAUCAAAACUAUGAAAUAACACAUGAAAUCAAGUAGUAACCAAAAAAGUGUUUUAUAUUUGAGAUUUUUCAAAGUAGCCACCCUUUACCUUGAUGACAGCUUUGCACACUCUUGGCAUUCUCUCAACCAGCUUCAUGAGGUAGUCACCUGGAAUGCAUUUCAAUUAACAGGUGUAUCUUGUUAAAAGUUCAUUUGUGGAAUUUCUUUCCUUUUGUCAGUUGUGACAAGGUAGGGGUGGUAUUCAGAAGAUAGCCCUAUUUGGUAAAAGACCAAGUCCAUAUUAUGGCAAGAACAGUUCAAAUAAGAAAUUAUAGUCCAUCAUUACUUUAAGACAUGAAGGAAGGUCAGUCAAUCGGGAAAAUGUCAAGAACUUUGAAAGUUUCUUCAA